CACAAGGAAUCAAAUACUCUUGGCUUAAAUUAACUAAUGGAAUAAAUAAUUUAUUUCCUCUUUAAAUCACAAUAGUUGGUAAUUUAAUAACUCAUUUAACAAACAAGGAAAAACUUAGUUAAAUCAAUUGAGGGACUAAAUUGUCAAUCUCUCAAUUUUCAAACUAUUGGUGAGCUUGUAUUUAGAAAAGGCUUAAGUCAAUUUGAUUUGAUAAACGAAAUUGUUACAUUGAUCGUUUUUGCGUCUUCGCUGUAAAUUCAGUUUUGUGCUACUUUCAAUUGUGAUAGGAAAUUGAUCGUUGUGACAUUAUGGUCUUCACGAUUCUAAGUCCAUUCAUCCCAUGGGACCCAAAGUUCUGGACUGAAUGGCAUGAAAAGAAUUGGAUCCUCUCGGUUACAGCUGUCAUAAUUUACGUUAUGUCUGUGCGAAUCGGCGCUAGUCACAUGGCCAAAUGUUCACCUUUCGACCUGAAAAGCCUUUGGCUCUUUGGAACGCUGGUUUAGCUCUCUUUUCAAUCCUUGGAACUUGGGUAACUGGAUCGGAGAUGAUAGAAGUUUUAUCGACCAAAGGUUUCUACGAUUCCGUUUGUAACAAUAGUUAUAUUUCCAAUAAUUGGGUUUAUUUCUGGUUCUGGUUGUGGACUUGGUCCAAACUUGCAGAAUUUGGUGACACUGCUUUCCUUGUACUUCGCAAAAAACCAUUAACUUUUCUUCAUGUUUAUCAUCAUUCGUUGACGGCAUUUGUGGCCUUUUAUUUUUGGCACGCUGGUUUACCAAUAAAUCGUUGGUGCAUCACAAUGAACUUUUUUGUCCACAGUUUAAUGUAUACUUACUUUUCACUUACUGCCUAUGGAGUUAAAAUACCGAAACCUUUUGCCAUCAUAAUAACAUUGACCCAGAUAAUUCAGAUGAUUAUUGGUUGUGUUACAAGUUCCUAUGUAAUCUAUACCAUGGUUAUGAGGAUUCAGUGCGUCAGCUCAACUCCUCAUAACAUUGGUUGUUUUUUAACUUAUGUUUCGUAUGCGAUACUUUUUAUUCAUAUGUUUCAAUCUAAAUAUUUAAGAAAAAGCAAAAAAACUAAGCCAAACUCUGAGAAAAUUGAGUAAAUCCCAUGUAACUUUAUCUCUGGUGAAAUGGAAAUGUCUUGAUAAUUGGAAUAAAUGUAAAAUAUUCGGAUUGUAA